CAACACUACUCCAAACGCAAAAAAUUUGUUUUGCUGAAAAAAAGCGAGUAAAACGUGUUUCUACGGCGUAAGAAAGGAAGAGAAAAGGUUGUUGAAGCGUCCAGUAAAUCCAGUAGGUGCUUGUUUGGUGCAAGAUUGAAUUCAGCAUUGGUACAUCCGUUAGCACCUCGCCACUUUGGAAUUUCGGCCUUUCUCUAGAAAGUAAACGUUAAAACCAUCAAGUUCUCUUACAUCGUCGAAGGCUUUUUUUCAAGCUUGCCUGAACUUUUAGAAUUAAUUUUUAUUUUUUUAUUUUGUUUUAUUUUUUUCCAAUUCUUCUGUCUUUCCCACAUAGUUGUUCGGGAAUUUCUGUUUUCUUGUAUAUAGAUUUUCGUUUUUCGAGACACUUACGUGGGUAAUAAUUCUUGUCUUCUUGAACCGUUUGCAUAGUUCGAUUCACAUUCUUUCGUCCGUCCUAGUGCUGGAGUUAGAAUUUAGAAUUGCGGUUACAUCCAUAAACAAACACACCUGGAAUCUCCUAUUUUUCACUCUCUUUUUAUUUUCCGUGCCAUGUCCAUUGCUCCUAGGCAAAUUAUGGACGACCCGAACUUAAAAAAAGAAGAUCCUACCAAUUCUCCUACUACAUCCUCCGUACCCGUUGCUGCGACCACCACCGCUACAGGUCAAGGUCCAAUAUCUACAGGAUCUUCCGCAACCAACCCUGGUCCUACUCAUAGUGCUCCUCCACCGUCAACAAUUAGCCCUGCAACAGCAACCCCGAAUCCCCCCAAACACCCUUCAACCGGUAUCCCUCCUUCUCCUACUGCUACCACUAUGUAUAGAUGUGACAAAUGUGACAUGGUUUUUGCCAAACAGUCUGGUUUAACAAAUCAUAAACGGACAUAUCAUCAACCCGAAACAGUCGUCAUUAUUGGUCGACGUAGGUACGUUUGGAGGAGAAAUGAAAAUGGCCGUUUUCAAUGUGUUUGCGGCCGUCAGAACUGGCGUCGUCCAGUAAAUUUUGCUUCCCACGCUAAGCAAUGUCCGAGCUUCUUGGCUAUGGACCCAAACAAUAUUCCCCCAGAGAUUAAUAAAGUUCCUCCCCACGAAGAUAUCCAUUCUUUAACUGAUUCCAGACGCCGAUUUCGUCGGGGUAAUACACAAGAUAGCUUAACGCCUGGUCCACAUCCGUCUCAAGUUGGCGAUCCAAAUGCAUCUACCAACGCUGCUGUCGCUGCGGCUGCCGUUGCUGCUGCGAACAAUUUAACGAACGGUGUCCAUACUCCUGAUGUUUCACGAAAUAUAAAUAGCUCUUUAGUAGACGCUGCAGAGUCACUCGCGAACGUCUCUCAACAGCAACACAAUCAUCAUCCUUUUGCCCGUCAACCAGACUAUGCCACUCAUCCCCUUGCUCGUACCCCUAACGCCUAUAGUCACUCCAUGAACAUGUUUGCUCCAAACAAUCCUAAUUCCUCGUUAUUACAAAGUUCUAUGCCUUCUGACGUUUCUAUCGCUUCCUCCCUCGUUCAACAACCUAUUCAUCCCUCGUAUGAUUCACGAUUUUCUAAAGGUACCGAUGCCCUUGUUGCUACCGCUUUAGGCUACGGUGCUCCUCCCUCUGCAGCUACUCUUUGCCCUUUAUAUCGAGAUACCCCUGCUGCAAUUGUCAGCGAAAAACUGCGUUUACGGUUGGCCAACUUGAGAGUCGCAUACUGCGAGGACUGUAGAGAAUUCAUAUCAUUGUCUGCAGCACUGGAUCACCGUCGAUCGCAGCAUUCACAAAGUAUUACGCCUGAUCUUGUACAUGUGUACAGUGACUUCCUAGAUUAUCAAAAUUGUUAAGCUGAUGGCCGCUCGAAUUACGACAUUUAUUUUUUUUCAGCUAAAACAUAUUUACUUGUUUCGUGUCUUGUUUAUUUUUUUUUUAUUAUAAUUUUUCAUGGCCUGCGUUGUAAUAAUAUUCUUAAAAUCUUUAAUCUCUCUGGUUACCUUCGUUUCCUUUACUUUUUGAUCUCUGAAUAUGCUUAAUCUAAUAUACUCAUAGACCACUUCAUUAUAAAUGAAGUUUAUGCUAGGUAAAUUCAAUGAGAUGAAUUACGAAUAAUUGCUGAC